CUCACUAAUAAGACAGAACGCCGUCCUAUUUUUGGUAACAAUUACAGGGCCUCCCGGUGCAAGCAGAAAGCUGUUUAUUUUCUGUUACAUCACUUCACUUUGCCUUCGAAGGCUGGUCUGCGCUCAGUGUUUUCCUGGUGAUGCAAGUCGGCUCUCUCCUCCGGCAGUUGGAUCCCUCCCAUCUCGCAGCACCUCACAGGUCUCUUCCCCGAGCAGUGCAUUGCUGGAUCGAGGAGCAGCUCACGAAUCAGCUGCAGGUCCCCGUUUUGAAAAGCAGAGAUACAGAGGCAAAGGGAAAGGGUGGACUCCUAUGUGACCUGAUCUCAGAGCAAGACAAUCACCAGCUGAAUUCCAGAAGCCCUGUUCAUGUUUGGGGAGAUUUUUCCGACUGCGUGGAAUCAGAGAGAAGCCAAAGGAUGGGAAAUGCCUGCAUCCCCCUGAAAAGAAUUGCUUAUUUCCUAUGUCUCUUAUCUGCGCUCUUGCUGACUGAGGGGAAGAAACCAGCGAAGCCAAAAUGCCCUGCCGUGUGUACUUGUACCAAAGAUAAUGCUUUAUGUGAGAAUGCCAGAUCCAUUCCACGCACCGUGCCUCCUGAUGUUAUCUCAUUAUCCUUUGUGAGAUCUGGUUUUACUGAAAUCUCAGAAGGGAGUUUUUUAUUCACACCAUCGCUGCAGCUCUUAUUCAUAGAAAACAACAACAUCAAGUCCAUUUCAAGACAUACUUUCCGGGGACUAAAGUCAUUAAUUCACCUGAGCCUUGCAAACAACAAUCUCCAGACGCUCCCAAAAGAUAUUUUCAAAGGCUUGGAUUCUUUAACAAAUGUGGACCUCAGAGGGAAUUCAUUUAAUUGUGACUGUAAACUGAAGUGGCUGGUGGAAUGGCUAGGCCACACCAAUGCAACUGUCGAAGACAUCUACUGCGAAAGCCCUCCAGAAUACAAGAAACGCAAAAUCAAUAGCCUCUCCUCCAAGGAUUUUGAUUGUAUCAUUACAGAAUUUGCAAAGUCUCAAGAGCUGCCUUAUCAAUCACUGUCCAUAGAUACUUUUUCUUAUAUGAACGAUGAGUAUGUAGUCAUUGCUCAGCCUUUUAACGGAAAAUGCAUUUUCCUUGAGUGGGACCAUGUAGAAAAGACCUUCCGGAAUUAUGACAACAUUACAGGCACGUCCACUGUAGUAUGCAAGCCUAUAGUCAUUGAAACUCAGCUCUAUGUUAUUGUGGCCCAGCUAUUUGGCGGCUCUCACAUCUAUAAGCGAGACGGUUUUGCAAAUAAAUUCAUAAAAAUCCAGGAUAUUGAAAUUCUCAAAAUCCGAAAACCCAAUGAUAUUGAAACAUUCAAGAUUGAAAACAACUGGUACUUUGUUGUUGCUGACAGUUCAAAAGCUGGUUUUACUACCAUUUACAAAUGGAAUGGAAAUGGAUUCUACUCCCAUCAAUCCUUACAUGCGUGGUACAGGGACACUGAUGUGGAAUACCUAGAAAUAGCCAGAACACCUCAGGCACUGAGAAUGCCUCAUUUAAUCCUGUCCAGUAGUUCCCAGCGUCCUGUAAUUUAUCAGUGGAACAAAGCAACACAAUUAUUCAGUAACCAAACUGACAUCCCUAACAUGGAGGAUGUAUAUGCCGUAAAGCACUUCUCAGUGAAAGGUGACGUGUACAUUUGCUUGACAAGAUUCAUUGGUGAUUCCAAAGUAAUGAAAUGGGGAGGCUCCUCAUUUCAGGAUAUUCAGAGGAUGCCAUCACGAGGAUCUAUGGUGUUCCAGCCUCUUCAGAUAAAUAACUAUCAAUAUGCAAUUCUUGGAAGUGAUUAUUCUUUUACUCAAGUGUAUAACUGGGAUGCAGAGAAAGCCAAAUUUGUGAAAUUUCAGGAAUUAAAUGUUCAGGCACCAAGAUCAUUCACACAUGUGUCCAUUAAUAAACGCAAUUUUCUUUUUGCUUCCAGUUUUAAGGGAAAUACACAGAUUUACAAACAUGUCAUAGUUGACUUAAGCGCAUGACACACAAAUUCUGUGGCUGCCAUAAGAAACGUUCUACAGUACAUGGUCUGGAUGAACUCAAUGCAUGAUGACUCUUCUUAUCCCACUUGCAAAUGAAUGCCUUUCAAACACUGAGACUGCUAGAACCAAGCACUACCAUAUCCCCAUCUUUAACUGUUCAGUCCAGUGGUGUGGGAAGUUACCUUUUAUAAGAGAAAAUUGAAUUGUGUAACUGUUCUUUGCAGUGAAGGUGUGUAAAUAAGCAUUUAAUGAUAUCUGUUACUCCAAAAAGAAAUAUUAAUAUGUACUUUUCCAUUUAUUUAUUCAUGAGUUCAGAACUGCCAAAUAAAAUGUUUACAUUUUCUUUCAUAUCCCAAGGUAAGUACUUAAGGGAGUUUAGUUUUUUCUUGGUGAUGGUGUAUUUAGGAAAUAGUUUUAUACCAUAAGGUUAUAUUUGAAUCAAUAGUUUAUGUUGUGACUAAUGAGUGAAGAUGAAACACUGAUAUUGAUUAUCCAUAAUUUAUGAACAGGUUCAUCAGUUGAUUUUGAACAUUCAAAGGUGUUUCCAAAAGUCGUGACUUUUAGGAACACUUUGAGGUAAAGUGGUGACAAAUUAAAAGAAGGGUAGAGAAAUUUGCUUAUUACAAGAAGACUAAUUUGAAAUAAAAACUCUAAGAUCCAUCCUUUCCUGUCCAAUAGCUACAGCUACAGCAAUCCUUCAAACAACUUACAGGAUAAGUUAAAGCCAAGAUUUGGGAUUUUCAAAAACCCUAUUUAGGGACUUUCUAAAUGUCCGACUCUAGAAUCAUCUGACAGCUAAUUGAGAUUGUAACCUUAUAGCACUUGCCUCAAAUUGAAGGCCUCUUGAUCUGACCAAGGACUUCUAGAGACCAAGUCUGAUAUGUUAUUGACAUGCUGCAGAGUGCCCAGGAGGAUCAUAUUUGAUUUUCUAAAACCCUGCCUCUGGAUCACAAGGGUCGUAGCAAGUAGCACAAUGCCUGUGCACUCUGUGGGCUCUCAGAGGUGCACAUGUGUCCUCCUGUUAUAAUAAUAAACUUUAUGAGGCCCUUUGAUCUCAUCAGUCAGUACGUAUGGAGUACCUAAUAAGGUAUCAUUCCUGUGGUGUUGAGGGGAGAACUGAAGGAGAGAAAGGCACCAUCCUUGCCCUCUGAGUCCUUAGAAGGCUCAUUGGGGGUUUAGGACACAACAGAGCAAGCAGUAAGUGCCAGUUAUCAUCUGAACAUUCAAUUGUAAGUUUCAGGAGAGCAUCAAAGAUGUCUUCCUGAAAGCUGUGGUCCUUGUUUGAACUUAAGGGAAGAUAGGAGUUUAAAUGGGGAUCAUGACAGAAAAAGUAUUCCUGGCACUUGGUUCUGCAUGCUGCCUUUACGGAAAGGAACAGAACUUCCUCCAGCCCACUGUUCCCCAGAGUCUUUGACCAAACGAUUGUGGGAAGGUGUGGGUAGGGGGACAUCAACCCCUCUGCCAGCCCUUAUCUGGCAAACUUGAGGCAUCAAAGGUACACACAUCGUUAUAGAGUCUCCCAGAAGCAAUACCUUAGGGCAGGGGUCCUCAAACUACAGCCCGCGGGCCACAUGCGGCCCGCCGAAAACAUUUAACCGGCCU